AUGCACGUCAAAGAUAAGCUCGCCCAAAAUGAAGCCGCGGGGAGGACCGGAAUUUCCUUCGAGUUCUUCCCCCCGAAGACUGCUCAAGGUGUGCAGAACCUUUACGACAGAAUGGAUCGUAUGCACGCCCUUGGUCCCUCUUUCAUUGACAUCACCUGGGGUGCCGGUGGUCGACUGUCUGAUCUCACCUGCGAGAUGGUGAACGUAGCGCAGUCGGUGUAUGGCCUUGAGACCUGCAUGCAUUUGACUUGCACAGACAUGCCGACCGAGAAGGUGGAUUCUGCUCUCCAGGCAGCCUACAAGGCCGGCUGCACGAACAUUCUGGCUCUCCGUGGUGACCCACCUCGUGAGAAGGAGACGUGGGAAGCCACCGAAGGAGGAUUUCGUUACGCCAAGCAUCUAGUGAAAUAUAUUCGGGACAAGUACGGGAACCAUUUCGACAUUGGCGUGGGAGGUUAUCCAGAGGGAGCGGAUGACAAUUCGGAUGUUGAUCUUCUGAUCGACCACUUGAAAGAGAAAGUCGAUGCCGGAGCUUCAUUCGUGAUCACGCAGAUGUUUUACGACACGGACAACUUCAUCGAGUGGGUGAAAAAGUGCCGGGCCAAAGGCGUUGACAUACCGAUCAUCCCCGGUAUCAUGCCCAUUCAAACCUAUGCCGCAUUCAUUCGUCGUGCCAAUUGGACGAAAUCCCGAAUCCCACCCGAGUGGCUUGAGAUCCUCGAGCCUGUCAAGAACGAUGAUGCUGCUGUGAAAGACAUUGGAAAGGGUCUAGUGGCAGAUAUGUGCAGAAGGCUUAUCGCAUCCGGCAUCAACCAUCUGCAUUUCUAUACCAUGAACCUUGCUCAAGCUGUGCAGCUGGUGCUUGACGAAUUGGACCUUAUGCCAUCUGAAGAGACUCCCAUCCAGAGACCUUUGCCCUGGCGGCCAUCUUUGGGUCUCAACCGCAGAGCCGAGGACGUCCGACCUAUCUUCUGGCGCAACAGAAACUCCUCUUAUAUCGCACGUACACAGACAUGGGAUGAGUUCCCCAACGGCCGAUGGACUGACUCCCGCUCGCCUGCCUUCGGUGAACUUGACUCUUAUGGCAUCGGUCUCAAAGGCACCAACGAACAGAACAUCAAGCUUUGGGGAGAGCCCAAGUCUAUUCGCGAUCUUGCUCACAUCUUCGUUCGUUACUUGGAAGGGAAACUGGAACGACUUCCCUGGAGCGACACACAGCUCAGUUCUGAAGCCAAUGUGAUCAAGGAUAAGUUGAUUGAACUCAACAACCGAGGUCUUCUCACCAUCAACUCACAGCCCGCUGUCAAUGGUGCCAAGUCUUCCCACCCUGUGUACGGAUGGGGUCCUAAGAACGGAUUUGUGUACCAGAAGGCAUACCUUGAACUUCUGGUGCCUCCCUACUUGCUUGACGAACUCAUUUCGCGCAUUGAAAAGAACGAAGACCUCACGUAUCACGCCGUCUCUAAGACUGGUGAGCUGCGAACCAACACUCAGGACAGCCCCAAUGCUCUGACGUGGGGUAUUUUUGCCGGACGAGAGGUUGUUCAACCUACGAUUGUGGAAACAAUCAGUUUCUUAGCCUGGAAGGACGAAGCCUACCGCCUGGGAGAGGACUGGGCCAAAUGCCACGAGGCCACAACCCCGAGCAGGAAAUUGAUCCAGGGUGUUGUGGAUGAAUGGUACCUGGUCAACAUUGUCAACAACGAUUUCCACAACACUUUCAGCCUCUUUGAGCUAUUCGAUGGCUUGGACCUGAAGGAUAUUGAUACCGAGGUUUCUGCCGACAGCGCAGAGUCCAAGCAGCCCCCUGCCAAGGAAGCAGCUCCAGAAGUUGCCGUGAAAAACUAA